CUGGUCGGUGUGGCACGCUGGCAGAGUAAAAAUGGCGGCGGCGGUGCGGGCGGCGGCGGCUGGAGCGAGGCUCAGGGUUCUCAGUUGCGGCGUCCGCAGCCUUUGCAGCCAGCCGGUUGCAGUAAACGAGCGCAUCGACAACAAGCGCCGUGCCGCGCUGCAGGGCGGAGGCCAGCGCCGCAUCGACGCGCAGCACAAGCGAGGAAAGCUAACUGCCAGGGAGAGGAUCAGUCUCUUGCUGGACCCCGGCAGCUUUGUGGAGAGCGACAUGUUUGUGGAACACAGAUGUGCCGACUUCGGGAUGGCUGCUGAUAAGAAUAAGUUUCCUGGAGAUAGCGUGGUCACUGGACGGGGCCGAAUCAAUGGAAGAUUGGCCUAUGUCUUCAGUCAGGAUUUUACUGUUUUUGGAGGCAGUCUGUCAGGAGCACAUGCUCAAAAGAUCUGCAAAAUCAUGGACCAGGCCUUAACAGUAGGGGCUCCAGUGAUCGGGCUGAAUGACUCCGGGGGCGCCCGAAUCCAGGAGGGGGUGGAGUCCUUGGCUGGCUACGCGGACAUCUUCCUGAGGAAUGUCACAGCGUCCGGAGUCAUCCCUCAGAUUUCUCUGAUCAUGGGCCCAUGCGCUGGUGGGGCCGUCUACUCCCCUGCCCUAACAGACUUCACAUUCAUGGUCAAGGACACAUCCUACCUGUUUAUCACUGGCCCUGAAGUCGUGAAGUCUGUUACCAAUGAGGAUGUCACUCAGGAGCAGCUGGGUGGUGCCAAGACCCACACCACUGUCUCAGGUGUGGCCCACAGAGCUUUCGAGAAUGAUAUAGAUGCCCUGUGUAACCUACGUGAGUUCUUCAACUACCUGCCCCUCAGUAGCCAGGACCCAGCUCCGGUCCGCGAGUGUCAUGACCCAAGUGACCGCCUGGUUCCUGAGCUGGACACCAUUGUCCCUUUGGAGUCAAGCAAAGCCUACGACAUGCUGGACAUCAUACACUCAGUGAUUGAUGAGAGAGAGUUUUUUGAGAUCAUGCCCAAUUAUGCAAAGAACAUUGUUGUUGGCUUUGCAAGAAUGAAUGGGAGGACCGUUGGAGUCGUCGGCAACCAGCCCAAGGUGGCCUCAGGGUGCUUGGACAUUAAUUCAUCUGUGAAGGGGGCUCGUUUUGUCAGAUUCUGUGACGCAUUCAACAUUCCGCUCAUCACUUUUGUUGAUGUCCCUGGCUUCCUGCCUGGCACAGCCCAGGAAUAUGGUGGCAUCAUCCGGCAUGGCGCCAAGCUGCUUUAUGCGUUCGCUGAGGCAACCGUACCCAAAAUCACAGUCAUCACCAGGAAGGCCUAUGGAGGUGCCUAUGAUGUCAUGAGCUCCAAACACCUUCUUGGUGACACCAACUAUGCCUGGCCCACAGCCGAGAUCGCAGUCAUGGGUGCCAAGGGUGCUGUGGAGAUCAUCUUCAAAGGACACCAGGAUGUGGAAGCCGCCCAGGCAGAAUAUGUGGAGAAGUUCGCCAACCCUUUCCCUGCAGCCGUGAGAGGGUUCGUGGAUGACAUCAUCCAGCCGUCCUCCACUCGUGCCCGGAUAUGCUGUGACCUGGAAGUCUUGGCCAGCAAGAAGGUCCAUCGCCCUUGGAGGAAGCAUGCGAAUAUCCCACUGUGAGCAGCUCAAAAGAAAUGGACCAACAGUGGAACUGGCCACUCGUAGGCCACCGCUGCCUUUUAUAAUCAUGAAAAUGGGAUCUACGUACCUUGGAAGUUGAUUAAAUUUCAGAAAGAGUUCUUGUA